AUGGCCAACGACGAAUACGAUGUGCUCGUCCUGAUCGGAGACUCUGGCGUCGGGAAGUCCAACCUUCUCAGCCGAUUCACGCGAAACGAGUUCAACCUCGAUUCGAAGUCGACCAUCGGCGUCGAGUUUGCUACCAGGUCCAUUCAGGUCGACCAAAAGACCAUCAAGGCGCAGAUCUGGGAUACCGCCGGUCAGGAACGAUACCGCGCCAUCACGUCAGCCUACUACCGAGGCGCCGUCGGUGCCCUGCUCGUCUACGAUAUCAGCAAGCACCAAACAUACGAAAACGUGACCCGGUGGCUCAAGGAGCUGCGUGACCACGCCGAUGCCAAUAUUGUCAUCAUGCUGGUCGGGAACAAGAGCGAUUUGAGGCACUUGCGGGCUGUGCCAACGGAGGAGGCCAAGUCGUUUGCCAGCAAGAACCACCUGUCCUUCAUCGAGACCUCGGCCUUGGACGCCAGCAAUGUUGAGCUCGCUUUCCAAAACAUCCUAACGGAAAUCUACCGAAUCGUGUCUAGCAAGGCCCUGGACAGCGGAGAUGGCGCCCAGGCCACCGUUGGGCCUGGCACAAACAUUUCCCUAAGCAAGCCUGCCGACGACGAGGCAUCCAAGAGCGGCAAGUGCUGCUGA